CGCCUGCCUCCGAAGGGAAAUUCCAGCGUCGCCAGGCUCCGCAUUCCACGGGUCUAGCUAGCUCUAGAUGCUAUUUAUGGCGGCAUGCCCAGGCGCCCUUUGUCCUGCAAGUCAUGGCUUCGGUGGCUGUUGCUUCUAAUAUUAUCUUCAAUGCCUGGGUCUUCAAUGCCUGGGUCUUCAAUGCCUGGGUCUUCAAUGCCUGGGCCGUCGCGCCCUAGAAGGACAGGGAGGUAUGCAGUGCGACGCCGCAGCUGUCACCCGCUAGUGACUUGUGACCUGGUGCGCAGGGUUGAUUCAGAAGGGGCCCUGGAACCAGGUCGACGAGGAUAUCGAUUUAGACGUUCGAUUAUCGUGGGUCGUCGAAGCUAGUCUGAACAUGGCCGUGGGCAACAUUCGCAUGGCAUCCGUACUACGUACAUGGAAUCGAUGUAGCUAAAUCUAUGCCCAAGAUUGAGUUCCAAAGAUAGAACACAUCAUGUAACACUUCAUAAACACAUGCACCAGGACA